CUCACUCUUCCAUUUUCAUCAUCCAAAUCACACUACUUUAAAAAUGGGUUCAAAAUCUGUAGCCACCGCUGCCCUUCUCCUCUCACUCAACCUCCUCUUCUUUACACUGGUCAGCUCUACUGCCUCUAAAGACUGUGCAUGUCAUGAUCAUUCACCACCACCCCCAAAAGUCAAACCACCUCACAAAUCUCCACCGCCACCAUCACCCAAGGUCCCACCACCUCACCACAAGUCAUCUCCACCACCACCAACACCUCACCCUAGCUACAAAUCUCCACCGCCACCAACACCUUACAAAUCAUCUCCACCACCUCCAACACCUCACCCUAGCUACAAAUCUCCACCGCCACCAACACCUUACAAAUCAUCUCCACCACCACCAACACCUCACCCUAGCUACAAAUCUCCACCGCCACCAACACCUUACAAAUCAUCUCCACCACCUCCAACACCUCACCCUAGCUACAAAUCUCCACCGCCACCAACACCUUACAAAUCAUCUCCACCACCACCAACUCCUCAUCCUAGCUACAAAUCUCCACCGCCACCAACACCUUACAAGUCAUCUCCACCACCACCAACACCUCAUCCUAGCUACAAAUCUCCACCGCCACCAACACCUUACAAGUCAUCUCCACCACCGCCAUCACCAAAACCAUACCCACCACCACCCCCAUCAUCGAGCCCAACUAAAUGUCCAAAAGAUACACUAAAGCUUGGUGUAUGCGUGGAUUUGCUGAAAGGUUUGUUGGGUAUAGUAAUUGGUCAGCCACCAACGAAACCUUGCUGUAGCCUCAUCGGCGAUCUUGUUGAUCUUGAAGCUGCUGUUUGUCUUUGCACUACUAUCAAAGCCAGUCUCUUAGGCAUUAACUUAAACCUUCCUAUUAACUUGAGUUUGUUGCUUAACCACUGUGGCAAGAAGCUUCCCCAAGGAUUCCAGUGCUCAUAAAUUCACCCCAAGUUACCUUAAAAUAGUUCUACUCUGCUAUUUUUUUAAUUUUCUGUAAUGUUUUUCCUUUUUGCAUGUAAUGUUGUUUGGGAUGUUGAUGUUCAUGUAAUCAUGUCACCAUCAUUUUAAUAAUAAAAUCAUUAAUAUUUCUUUA